CCAAGUAGAGAUUGCUUCCCUUUUGCCUCUCUGUUGACUGAUUAUUGAGGAAUGUUGACAUGGAUGUGCUGCAGAAGACGAGAGGUGCCAUGCCUAGAUCUAGGGAGGCUGGGAGAUUCUGAUGAAGAGGACGGGGACUCUUACAUACCGUACACUGGAAGGUCUUCUCAUAGGUGCCAGCUAGAUUCAUCUUCAGGGUGGAGAACGUCAUUACAGACUCCAUAUGCACAGCAUCAACAUAAGACAAGACCAGAAAAGCUGCCAUCCCUCCCAGACAGACCCAAACCGAAGCACAGUCUGUAUGAAGCAGAUACGAAGGAAGAAUCUAAGCAACAUCCUCAGAGAAUUGCAGGAAAGAAAAAAGACCACCUCCAGUGUCCAGACACUUCAAUAAAGGGUACACAGCUUGAAGAUGGACACUAUGAUUUUGUAACCCUUGAUAAGAAAGCUCUCCUGCAACAAUGCUAUACAAACAAACCACAUAAUAUGCAGCACAACAUAAGGAAAUCAGAAGCUGUAAGUAUUUGGACUGGUAUGAUGCUGCUAACCACCUUGAUGUGGAGAAUGGCUUCCCAGAAGUUAUGCCUUCGGAGAUUUGGGUCUAGUAUGUAA